GCGAUACUGUGACAACCUAUCUUACCGACUCCUGAGCGCGGCCAAUUUCGGCAAGAUCAUGAGGGACGUCUUCCCCAACUUCAAGGCGCGGCGGUUAGGAGGGAGAGGUCAAUCCAAAUACUGCUAUGGUGGGAUCAGGAGGAAGACCGUGGUUAACAUGCCCUCCCUCCCCAGCCUGGAUCUGAAGCUGCAGGAGCCAGUGGAAGCGAAGGAAGCAGGCAAGUCGAAGCAGGAUGAGGUGUUGAUGUCGGCAGCGAUCAGCCUGAUCUGUGAGUGGGCGCAGCGGGUGCUGAUGAGGCAGUUUGACACGGUGGUGGACCUGGCCCGCUUUCUCGUGAAGGAGCACCUCAUCAGCCCCAGGACCAAGAAUGCUGCCGUGGUGAUGAAGGAGCUCAUGAAUGAGAACAUUCUGAAAUCGCCAAAGGACUCAAAGUUCCGACAACAACCCAGGAACGCAGAGCAGGAGGGUGAAGAGAAAUCACCAGACUCUCAGACGGAAACCUCCAAGGGUGGGAAGGAGGAGCGUCCGGGAGCACCGCGAGGUAAACAGCCGGCGGCCGCGGUGGACGUGGACAGUGUCAUUAACCGCUACGCCCCCAUCAAGCCCAAGACGCAGGCCAAGGGCGUGCUGACCAUCCCAGCGGCCCCCUGCCUCUCCCCGGCCGCCCUCCCCCUCCGCGUGGCCGCCCCCGUCUCCCUGGCGCUGUCGCCGGGCAACCGCCCGGCCGGGGUGGUCGUCACGGCGGCCGGGCCCCUCCCCCUGCUGAAGAACGUCGCUGUCCUCCUCCCGGGGCCCGCCCCCACUGCCCCGCCCCCGCCCCAGGAGCCCCAUCCCCCUCCCCCGCCCCCCAAGGUCGAGCGGCGUUGCCCCCACCCCGCGCCCAGGGGCUCCACCCCUACCAAGCGGCCGGCCGCGACCCCGGGCGGGGCGCCGGCCUCCAAGCGGAAGCGGGGGCGCCCCCGCAAGGUGGUGGCUCCCCCCGCGGAGCCCGGGCAGCCCCCACCUCCCCCUCCCUGUGCCACCCCCUCCUCCUCUUCGCCCCCCAGCGCCGACCAGCCCCCGGCCCGGGCCAGCGCGCCAACGGAGCAGGAGGCCCGCAAGACGUCGGUGAUCCGCCCGGUGUGGUGGGCUGGGCACCCGGGGAGCAGGAGGACCCGGUCUCCCCCACACAAAGCCCCCGCCCAUCCCCCGUGACAGUGGCUCGCUCCCCCCCACCCCACCCCACUCCACGUCCUGUCGUCAGCUGGCCGAGAGAGAGAGGAGGAGGGGGGGGCAGAAGAGGACGCCUGACGUGCGCACAGCAGCUGCUACCACUCUGGGCCUGGGCCUGGGCCUCAGUUCGACUUCCUGGGGGACCCCCACCCGAGUUGAAUUUCACCGUGCCAAUGUUCAGCGGACUGUCGGGAGUGGUGACCUGCUGAAAGACACUCGUUCUUUCUUUUUUUUUGUUGUUGUUUAUUUUUCCCGUCUUCUCUGCUUUUAUUUUCGACCUGUUGCUAAUUUUGAUAACUUACACGUCCUAAGGUUGCUGUAAAUACUUUACCGAAAGAUAAACACCGAAACGUUUGGGUUUUUAAAAAAAAAAUCACGACGAAAGGAGCACC